AUGACUCGAGGCGGCGCCCCCAAGAGCAAGAUCCACUACAAGGGACAGCACGACGACUACAUCGUCUUCCUCGACGAUACCGAGACCUACCAGAAGUGGUUGAACGACAAGUCCAUUCCCUUUGUUCAGUUCGUCUCCCCCAUCCAGGUCUACUGCACACACAAGCAAGGCGCUCAGGGAACAUUUGAUGCCGCCGCAAAGAACCUGCUCUCUUCAGAGUUCGUCAAGGAGGACGGCUCAAGUUACAAGGACAGCGAGGUCGAGGACGAGGCCAUCAAGGUCAUCCUGACCAAGGGCAACCUUCAGACGUCUGACAUGCCCGAACGACAAGGAGUCACCAACGACUCCAAGAGCUCCAUGCGAGUCCACUAA